CUAACCGCGCACGAAACCUCCCCCUCCCAAAUCUUCACGACCUUCACCACCACAACAGCCUACACCCUAGGCCAGGCCCUCCGUGCACGAAUCCUCUCCCUGCCCCCCUCCCAACGCAAACCCGCCCUAAUCAGCAUAACGCUCGGCUCGUCCCCCGUCUCGCCCCACACGGUAUUCCAAUGCGCGACCGAGCCGGGCACGGUCCCCGACAACGAGAUCUGGGUGCGUCGGAAGCGCAACACCGUGUUGCGCUGGGGGGUGUCGUCGUGGCUGAUGAGGCAGAAGAUGCUGAAUGUGGUUCGGUCCGGCGGGGGCCGGGAAGGCGAGGGCGAGGCGGAUGUGGAGGCGGUGUUUGUCAGGAAGUUUGCGUUGAGGAGUGAGGGGGGCGGCGGCGCGGCGGAUGAGUUUGCCAUUCAUGGGGGCGCGGUUCCCAUUCGGGUCAGGGGGGUGGAUGGCGUCGUUGGCGUCGUGGUGGUCAGUGGGUUGAAGCAGGAGGAUGAUCAUCAGGUUGUGGUGGAGGUCGUCGGGGAGGUUGUU